GCGCAGGAUGGCGGAGGAGCCCGUGGUGCCCGUGUACUGCACGGGGGUGUCGGCUCAGGUGCAGCGGCAGCGGGCCAAGGCGCUGGGUUUGGGCCAGCACCAGAACGCGGUGCGGUACCGGGGCCAGGACUACGCUGCGCUGCGCGACGCCUGCCUGCGCUCCGGGACCUUGUUUCGGGACGAGGCCUUUCCCCCUUCCGCUUCAUCUUUGGGCUUCAAAGAACUCGGGCCCGGCUCUUCCAAAACCCGCGGCGUGACGUGGAAGAGGCCGACGGAGCUGUGUCGGCGCCCUCAGUUCAUCGUGGACGGGGCGACGCGCACCGACAUCUGCCAGGGAGCGCUGGGUAGGGAGAAACCCCCCCUCCUCCUCUUUUUUCCACGUUUUACCCAAAAUUGGAGGCUUUGGGGUCAAUGCUGCAAGUUUUGGGGUCGACGUUGUCAAUUUUGGGGUUGACGCUGAGCAACGCUGGGCUUGAAUUUCGCAGUGGAAGCUUCUUCUUGUGGAUUUUGUCUCAGAUUGGAGACGUUGGGGUUUCCCAAGUUUGGGGGCCGACGUUCUCCAAUUUUUGGGGUCAACGUUGAAAGUUUU